AAACUACUCUUUCAUUUAAUACAGAAACUACGCACAGUUACAUUUCUAUAUAUCAUAAAUGGUGAGGAAAUUAAUGAAGGUUCAAUAUUUAAGCGAGCACAAAAUGAAGAAGGGAAGGCAAGGUGAGAAAACUCAACGAAAAACAUGGAGGGGGUGAAGUUGGUGGAGAAAGUUGUGAUUGUACCAGAGAUGCUCACAAAUCGAAGGCGAAUUUUCUUAUCAAACUUAGACUUGCCUCUUGUUGCAUAUCAAGAAUCCGUUUCUUUUUAUGAUCCUCCAGAGAACAAAAUCAGCUUCUCUGAAUCUUACAAUACCCUAUACCGUGCACUCCGUUCUUUGCUAGUGCCUUACGACUUUUUUGCUGGACGGCUUGUGCCAGCUUUGGAAGAUAACAGUAGGUUGGAGAUUGACUGUAAUGGUGCUGGUAUUGUUGUUGCUGCAGCUAGAACUGACACCAGAUUGAGCCAGCUUGGUGGGCUCUUUGCACCCAAACCAGAUUUCAAACAGCUGGUGGCUUUCUUGCGUGAAGAGGGAGAGGAUGAAAUGGAGUUCAAAGACAAGCCCCUUCUUUAUAUACAGUUGACACAGUUCGGAUGUGGAAGUUUAGCACUUGCCUCCCGGUACAAUCACUGUGUCUUGGACGGGGCUGCUGCCAGGGAUUUUGAGAAAAACUUGGCUGCAUUCACUCGAGGUGAUGAUUUGGUCAUAGUUCCAAAUCCUGAUCGAACAAUCUUCAAAGCUAGGAACCCACCAAGAAUUAGUCACCCACACCAUGAGUACUCCAAACCCAGUGAAACUAGAGACAACUUUUUCUCAGUUGGAGGCAAAAGGUGCACUGAUGUCAUGCACUUUGGUACUCCACAUAAUACGACUCAUUUGAUCCAUAUCCCCCCUCAACGCAUUGCCAGCCUAAAAAUGGCAGCCCUCAAGGAGGGGAAAUUGAAAAGGUGCACCACUUUUCACGCCAUAGCUGCAAAGGUAUGGAAGGCAAGGAGCAUUGCAACAAAGAUUCAUGAUGAGGUAUGUAGCACAAUGUUGUUUCCAGUUGACGUGAGAAAAAUUGUGGUGCCACCAGUUCAAAUUGGAUUUGCUGGGAAUGCUUUGGUUCCCGGAUGUGCACGAGCAAGUGUGAGAGAACUCAAGGACAAAGAGGAUUCUUACAUUGUAAGGAAAGUGCAAGAAGGGGUAGAGAGAUUCGAUGAUGAGUAUGUGAGGUCUGGAAUAGACUGGUUAGAGGUUCACAGAGGAAUGCCUUGCAAUGAGAAUAGCUUCUCAUUAGUGGCAUGGUUUAGGCUGGGGCUAGAGGAAGAUGUAUUUUCUUGGGGGAAACUUAAAUAUGCUACUCCAGUUGUGUUGAAACCUGGUUUGGUCUUCCUGUUGCCUGGACUAGAAGGUGAUGGAGGCCUUAAUAUUUGCCUGGACCUGCCUGAUGAUCAAGUGGACGAGUUCCACAGAUUAUUGAUGGAAUAAUUACGAAAUGCAUAC